UUAGGGUGGUGUUGGGUUUUUGGGUAUUUAACCUCAUCUUCUCUCACUUCUCCCAAUUCUCUAAUCUCUCUGCUUUUAUUUUUUUUUUUGUGGGUAGAGAGAGAAAGAGAAACAUCCUCCUCUUGUCCAAUCACAACUCGCAUUCUGUCCUCGGGAUCCGCUGUGCUCCUACAUACUCUGUUCCCAAAGUACAAAACCCAAGUUUCAAGGCUCCAUUUCCCAGGACGACGGAUACUUUUAGUUUUGGUUUUGCUCAACCCUGCAACAAUACCGCUUUCUCUCUCUUCCCCUCACCUCCCAAAAUAACUCUCUCUCUCUCGCUCUCUCUCUCUCUCUCUCUCUCUACUCUUUGGGAUAAGAACUUGCAUCUCUCUUUAAUUUGGAGGACCCUUGACCAUCACGUAGACCUGGACGCAAGAUUUCUAAGGCUAUUGUAAUAGGGGAGUAUCCUACCUGCACUGAUAUCCUUCUUUGGAGAACAUGAAUACCUUCUCACAUGUUCCACCAGGUUUCCGAUUCCAUCCAACCGACGAAGAGCUAGUUGACUACUAUCUUCGAAAGAAAAUUGCUUCAAAGAGGAUUGACCUAGAUGUCAUUAGAGACAUUGAUCUCUAUAAGAUUGAGCCAUGGGAUCUGCAAGAGAAAUGUAGGAUAGGAAAUGAGGAGCAAAAUGAAUGGUACUUUUUCAGCCAUAAGGAUAAGAAAUAUCCGACGGGUACACGAACAAAUAGGGCCACGGCUGCAGGGUUUUGGAAAGCCACUGGUAGGGAUAAGGCCAUUUAUUCGAAGCAUAAUUUGAUAGGCAUGAGGAAGACACUAGUGUUUUAUAAAGGUCGAGCUCCUAAUGGACAAAAGUCAGAUUGGAUCAUGCAUGAAUAUCGGCUUGAAACAAAUGAGAAUGGCCCACCCCAGGAAGAGGGUUGGGUGGUGUGCAGGGUCUUUAAGAAGAGGAUCACAACCAUAAGAAAAGCAAGUGACCACGAAUCACCAUGCUGGUACGAUGAUCAAGUCUCCUUCAUCCCCGAACUAGACUCCCCAAAGAGGUUGCCAACUCAAGGAGACCUGCCCUUCCACCACCACCACCACCACGCCUUCUCAUGCAAACAAGAGCUUGAGCUCCUCCAUUAUCACCAUCACCAACACGACCCUUUUCUCCAACUCCCUCAACUAGAGAGCCCCAAACUCCCCAAUUCUUCCUAUGCAAUUGCACCGCAACAAGAUAAUCCUGUGACCACUGACUGGCGUGUGCUCGAUAAAUUUGUCGCCUCUCAGCUCAGCCAUGAGGAGGCUACCCCCAAAGACCAGGAGAGCUUCUCAGACCCCUCGGGCACGAUCGAAAUCCCGGAGCAUGUGAGCUUGAUAAUACGCCAACCCUCAAAGGAUGCAACCGAGUACAUAGCCUCGGCGUCCGGGUGUCCCAUCGACCUGUGGAAGUGAACAAGGGCAUAUGACUGAUCUUAGACAUAACUGAAAGAAUGAGAUUUACAUCCUCAUGUACAUAAUAAGAAAACUAAGUUACAGUAGUUAGUCCAUGGAGAGUCUCCUCUUACUUGUAAUGUUAAUGUCCUCUAGCCAGUCAGCUCCUAGCAUGGCUAGGAUUAAAACCCUAGUAUGUUUUGAUAAUAAAAUGUUUUAGAAAAUUAUUGUGACCGUAAUAGUAAGAGUCAAUGUCAUUUGUUGGGGAGUCACUCACGACCUAGAGAGUGAGGGGAUGGAUGGCCAUCCGGGCAGCCCCAUUUGUAUUCCCCAUAUGUAAAUCUUUGCCACUUUCUCUUUGAUGCCCCCCAUCAACAAAUUUGAAACCAAUAUGAGAGGGUAUUCUUUUUAUUUUACCUGGUGUUAAAUAUUGGGGAGCAAGCAAUGUUAUGUCUUUAAACUUUAUUAAUGGAUAAUUGAUUGUCCUUACAAGCACUUUGCUUUAGGAUAAAGUUCUUCUUCUUCUUCUUCUUCUUGCUCUAAAUUUCUUCUCUUAUUCUUGUGUUUUUUUUGGAUUUUUUUUAUUUUUUUAUUUUUUUUUGCUCUCUCUAACUUUUUGGAACAUUUGUGAACAGCAUUACAUGAUCACUUCCCCUUGUAUAGUGAAGGAACAUGCUAUCAUGGGAAGUCAAAUAUAUAGAAAUAUACUUAUGUUUUCUUUUUUAAAGGAAAACAUAAUUUACAUUUUCUUUUACGUAAUUCAUUAUUGUCCUUUUAGGGGUUCGUUAUUUGUACCCCUGAAGUACUAUUUUCUUUUCAGAUAAUGUUCCUUUUUGCCCUAACCACUAAAACAUUGGAGGCUUUUUUGCCCUAACCACUAUGCCUGAAGGCAAAACCCAAUUCUUUGUAAAUGACUAAUCUUUUUUUAUUUCCAUUUUGCUAAUUUUGCAUUUUAAAACAUAUUGUAGACACUUUUUCCUCUAAGUUAUGUUAGACAAUCAUAGAAGAAUAUGUAGAUUGCUUUCUAUGCCAUACUACCAAAGUUGGCAUUCCUUGUCAAAUUAUGGAGCAUUCACUUGUAGGAAGCUCAGAAUUGAAAUGCAGGCUUCCUCAUUUACAUUUAAAAUUCAACAAAUUGGAGUUUUUCACUCUAUCAUGAUUCUUCCAAUGCUUAAAAAUUAUCUUAGCUAUCUAACCAGUAUAAUACCAAAACAGUAAAAAAAUCCAGCUAGUAUCACGAGUUUUUAACUUGGUAAAUAUUUCUAUUGCAAGAGGAAUAGAAAUAAAAAGAAGAAAGUGCAAAAAGGAUUAAGUAGACUAAGGCUACUUGUGAAAUUGCAAUAUGAAACUUAGUCUAGAUCUUUGGAGUUUAACUCUGCAGCAGCCAAGGCAGCCUCAAAUUCAAAUUUUAAGUUUCCUUUCUUCUUUUGGCUCUAGGGCUCCUAGGGCCCCUAGGGCCUUAAAGACCAAGAAGACUUAUUAGGAAGACAACACAUGAACUGCCAGUGUUCAACACCCUUUUUUUUUUUUUGCAAGUUCCAGUCUUCUUGUACUCCAAACCAUUGUUAUCUAGACCCAACCUGGAAACUGGAAACUGGUGUGAGUACAUGUGCUUCUUCAUUGAUCUAAAUUUACAUGCAGUUAUGGAUAUGUCUCACAUGGUCAAAUAAUGUAUUUCUUCACUUAAAGCCUAUAAUUGACUGAAAAAUUAUUUCAAAUUGCUCAUUCUCUUCCAAAUAUAUCAUCAUCUAGCCACUCAAAUCUCUAAAUCUAUCUUAAAGUCCACUGCAAACCAGGAUUUUCAUAGAUUUUUAUGUAGUGCUCAUUUUGUGGCCGAGGAAAUAGGAAACAUUAGGUAUUUACUGUGAGCCGAGGAGAUCCUCAUCUAAGGUACCCUAUUGUUUCUUUUAUUCAAUUUCUUUUCCUUUGGUUUUUCUUUACUUUUUUUUUUAUUUUUUACCUACCUUCUUUAUUUUUUAUUUUUUUAUUCAGUAAUUUAGUGGGGAAGACAUGCCCCUACCCAUUUUUU